AAAUUAUAGUGGGUCUUUUUUGGGCUGAGGGAAGGAAAAGAAAUGAAGCAAUAAAAACAGUUAUCAUUCCUUUUAGUUGUGUAUUGCUGGGAAACGAUUGUGACAAAAUAUAUUUGUGUAUUAUUUCUACACUUUUAAAAGAUAUUAUUUCAAAUGGAGCCCUGACAAAAGCACAGGUCUCAGCUUUCUGUUUUUCUCAAAACGAGCUUGCUCUGGCCCGUUCCGGAUCCACAAUGCUGUGGGCUCUAAGUUGCUCCUGUACCUUGGCAGGCUGUGCCAGGAUCACCACACUCUCCAGAUCAGACCUUGCAGUUCUUAGCCCUUGAGAUGAAGACUGUUUGUCAUUAAUGGCUGGAUUUCAGACACCAGCUAGCAAACAGAAAAGGCAGGGGGGUGCUUCUGAGCACCUACUAGAUUAAACAGUUAGAGAGCCACGUAUCUGUUUGUAGGACCCUAAUUUACAGACCUCACUCAUCUAGGGGUGUCUGGGGUUCCACAGGGAGGCAGGGACAGUGCAGAGAGAGCUUUUCUCAGCACCAAGGAGACAGUCCAGUACCCAAAGAACUGAUGAAAUCAUGGUCUCUACAUGGAAUUUAGACCCUUCCUGACUUUCAAAUCCAGGUACAGAAGAGCCCUCAAGGAGGAGAAGAAUUCUGAAUUCUGUUUAUAACUCUGAUGCUGUUCAGUUUUGUGACAUCAGGUCAGAAAACCAGCUUAUCUUUGUGGAGGGCCAGUUCUUUUUCUGGAAAGUGAAGAAAAUGCCAAUCUUUCCUUUUCCUAGGGGAGGUUUCACAAGAGAUGGCAAGGGAAACCACCAGAUUAGGUUUAGAAUCCUGGGUAACACCUGCUCUUACUUUUAGAAAUCACAAGACAGCCACAAGGUCAGGUUGUACCCUGAGCCAGAGGACCCUCCUUCCCUCUUUGCCUGGUGAACUCAUUCUUUGCCAUCCAGUUGAGAGGCCAGCAUCUCUGGGAUCUCACCUGGAAAUGAGAGCCUCCCUUGGACUCUCAGAGUGCUUGGUUCUUAUCUCUGCCUCUAUAUCCUUAUCUUACUAUAUAUUGCAACUACCUGUUUGCAGGCCUGCUUCUUUCCAUGAGCAUAGAUCAGUGCUCAGGCAGGCCUGGGCUUGCAGGUCGGAGCACAUUGGAAUGCCCAGGCCUACUGCUGGAGGGAGGGAGGCAGGAAGAGCCAGUGACCACACUCCUGCACUCUGGGCUGCCUGCUGCAGGACCCAAGGGUGGUAGAUCUGACUUGCAAAGGGCCUGAGCUAUGUGAAUGGAUCUCCUGUGUCUCCUGGGGUCCUCUUUUGGGGCUAGAUUCUCUGACCCUUCCCUUUCCACUCACUCACUGCUUCCAUCUUUACUAUUUGGCUGCAUUAUAAUCGAAUAGAGGUCUUGGAGAAAAACAGCCCCAACUAAUUAUCCCUCUUCCACAGCAGUGUAGACUUGGACCAUGUGCACCCUCUUCCUCCCAGACACCCAGAAAUGACACAUCCCUUUUUGCCCUCUCAGUGCUCUCUGUCCCUGCCUUUCCCUGGGCUCCCAGUCUCCCAGUCUUUACCCACAGUACCCUGCUUGGCCCCUAGGCUACCUCUCAGUGCCCACAUUCCUGCAACCCCGUGACCAAACCAGGGGACGUUACACAUUCUUGGCCUGGCAGUCAAUGGUGUAAAAAAGAACAGAAUGUCCCAGGGCCCCACCCAUCCCCCAGCUUCACCUGGGCCCCUCCCUGGCCAGGACAAGGCUGAGCAGGGGGGUGGCAAGUCUGGAGGGAAGAGGAUGGAGGAGGAGAGAGAGGCAGCAGGGGCCAGCUGUUGUUCCCACUUUUGUGGAGCCUCUUCUUUCUCACUAGAACCUAGGGAUGAGGCUGAUCCUGUGGGUGACUUUGGAGGUGCUCCCACUAGGGGGGAUCCUACCUCCUGGAAGCCUUCUUGAGGCUCCCUCCCUUGCUUGCCUGCUUGGAAGACUCCCUUUGGCUCUCUCCUCUGUACUUUCCGCCUCUGCCUCUGUGUCCCAAGGCCCCUCCUUCAUCCCUCUGUCUCAGCCCUUGACUCCAUCCGUCCUCCUCUUCCUGUCUCCCCUUUCUGCCUUCCCUGUUCUCCUGGUUUCCCCACCCUAAUCUCACUCAUCCUGGUGGCUCAUCCUCCUUCCUAUUUUGCCCUCCUGGCUUUGUGUCCAGGAUUCUUCUACCUGUUGAAGAUUUCUAAUGCUUAUCUGCCUACCCUUCUCCCCUGCCCAGUCUCCAUCAAUCCCCAGCCCAGACCCUUCCUCACAUCUCCUCCCUCCUCUCAGGUCCCCACACUCCAGCCCCCAGGAGUCCUCCUUCUUUGGAGAGCUCUCAGCCCCAACUCCUCCUCUGCUCCUCCCUCCACCCUGCUCACCUUUAAUUGAGAUGCUAAUGAGGCUUCUGUCCCUUCCAUCCCUGGCCAACAGGCAGGCAGGCGGGCUCCCAGGCCAGGCCGCUGCACCUGUCAGGGCUCAAUGAAGGGGGACAAGCUCAAGGAGCAAGACCCUUGCCCUCCCCCACCCAUCCAAGGGCUCAUGAAGGGGGACAAGCGUGAGGAGCAGGGGCUGGACCCCGAACCUGAAGUCCCCCAGCAGCCCACAGAGGAAGAGGAGGCUCUGAUCGAGUUCCACCGUUCCUACCGAGAGCUCUUCCAGUUCUUCUGCAACAACACCACCAUCCACGGUGCCAUCCGCCUGGUGUGCUCCAAGCACAACCGCAUGAAGACGGCCUUCUGGGCCGUGCUCUGGCUCUGUACGUUUGGCAUGAUGUACUGGCAGUUUGCCCUGAUGUUUGAAGAGUACUUCAGCUACCCUGUCAGCCUCAACAUCAACCUCAACUCUGACAAGCUCGUCUUCCCUGCUGUCACGGUCUGCACUCUCAAUCCCUACAGGUAUAAUGAAAUCAAAUCGGAGCUGGAGGAGCUGGACCACAUCACAGAGCAGACGCUCUUUGACCUGUACAAAUACAAGUUCAACACGCGCCUGGCCAGUCCCCGCGGCCGUCGCGAUCUCGGGGGCACUCUGCCGCACCCACUGCAGCGCCUGCGGGUCCUGCCCCAGCCCCACAAGGCCCGCAGAGCACGCGGCGCGACCUCCAGCAUGCGGGACAACAACCCCCAAGUGGACAGGAAAGACUGGAAGAUCGGCUUCCAACUGUGCAACCAGAACAAAUCUGACUGCUUCUACCAAACAUACUCAUCAGGGGUGGAUGCGGUGAGAGAGUGGUACCGCUUCCAUUACAUCAACAUUCUGUCCAGGCUGCCAGAUACCUCACCAUCUCUGCAGGAGGAGGCACUGGGCAACUUCAUCUUCACCUGCCGCUUCAACCAGGCCUCCUGCAACCAGGCGAAUUACUCUCACUUCCACCACCCAAUGUAUGGGAAUUGCUAUACUUUCAACAACAAGAACAAUUCCAACCUCUGGAUGUCUUCCAUGCCAGGAAUCAACAAUGGUCUGUCCCUGACAUUGCGCACAGAGCAGAAAGACUUCAUCCCCCUGCUCUCCACGGUGACUGGGGCCAGGGUAAUGGUGCAUGGGCAGGAUGAGCCGGCUUUUAUGGAUGAUGGUGGCUUUAACCUGCGGCCUGGUGUGGAAACCUCCAUCAGCAUGAGGAAGGAAGCCCUGGAUAGGCUUGGAGGCAACUAUGGUGACUGCACUGAGAAUGGCAGUGAUGUCCCUGUCAAGAACCUUUACCCUUCUAAGUACUCGCAACAGGUGUGCAUCCACUCCUGCUUCCAGGAGAGCAUGAUCAAGGAGUGUGGCUGCGCCUACAUCUUCUACCCAAAGCCUAAGGAUGUGGAGUACUGCCACUAUAAGAAGCACAGUGCCUGGGGCUACUGCUACUAUAAGCUCCUGGGAGCCUUCUCUACAGACAGCCUGGGCUGUUUCACCAAGUGCCGGAAGCCAUGCAGUGUGACCAAUUACAAGCUGUCUGCUGGUUACUCACGAUGGCCCUCAGUGAAAUCCCAGGACUGGAUUUUCCAGAUGCUGUCCCUACAGAACAAUUACCCCAUCAACAACAGAAGAAGUGGAGUUGCUAAACUCAACAUCUUCUUCAAGGAGCUGAACUACAAGACCAAUUCUGAAUCUCCCUCUGUCACGAUGGUCACCCUCCUGUCCAACCUGGGCAGCCAGUGGAGCCUGUGGUUUGGCUCCUCAGUGCUAUCUGUGGUGGAGAUGGCCGAGCUCAUCUUUGACCUCCUGGUCAUCACAUUCCUCAUGCUGCUGCGGAGGUUCCGAAGCCGAUACUGGUCUCCAGGACGAGGGGCCAGGAGUGCAAGGGAGGUGGCCUCCACUCCACCUUCCUCCCUUCCCUCCCGCUUCUGUCCUCACCCUACAUCCCCAUCCUUGCCUCAACCAGGCCCUACUCCCUCCUUGGCCUUGACAGCCCCUCCACCUGCUUAUGCCACCCUAGGUCCCUGUCCAUCUCCCUUGAGCUCAGCAGGGGCCAGCUCCUCUGCCUGUGCCCUGGGAGAGCUCUGA